AUGAAGCAUGACGUUCCAUGCAAUGACCAAGACAGUUGCUCAAAGUCUGACAAAUGUAAAAAUGGUCAAUGCGAAGGGAUCAGUUUUUCAUGCAAUAAUGAUUGUCAAUCCUGCAAUGGCAAUGACUGCAGCUUACACAUCGGAUGCGAUGGCGUGUUAGGAACAUGUCCUCCAAACUCUGUAACAGGAAUAAGAAUUCAAGAUGGUCAAGCAAGGAUAACACUUCCCAAUUUUGGAACACCAGCUUCAUUUCAAGCAAGUACAAACAAAUUGUAUCUUCAACUCAGCGGAUUCUCUGUCACCUGCGGUUCUCUCGCUAUUAAAUGGUCUAUAAUAAAGUCUGAUAGAAGCUGUUAUCUGGACAAAGAAAAUGCAACACUUUCGUUAAAUACUAAUACCCAUAUUCUUGGUGGCCUAAAUUUGCCGAAUGCAGAAAUCUAUAAAGUUGUUGUUCAGGCAUAUAAUAUUCGUGAUGAAUUUGGGUUGCCUGUGUGCAGUAACCCGGUUACCAUAGAUACCAGCACUCCAACAAGUGGCUGGGUCCAUGAUGGAUUAGGCUCUACUGACCUUCAGUUUCAAUCCAGUAUGACGUUCAGCGCAACAUGGGGAGGAUUUCAAUCACUCCACGGUAUUGCGAAGUACGAAGUUGCAAUGCAACAUCAACCACGACUAUCGAACAACCAAAGUGAAGUACAAGCCUUUAUGAAUGUUUAUUUAAACGUUUCUUUCAGCAAAACACUUUCGGUAAUCCCGGACGGCAGCAAACUUACAACAAAAGUUCGCGCAUACACAAAAGCAGGAUUGUACUCAGAAGUAAGCAGUAAUGGUCUAACAGUUGAUACAUCGAAACCUUUUUCAGGGUCAGUCUCUGACGGUUCAAGCAUUUCACAAGAUCUGCAAUAUGCUGACUGGCGCUCCAGCUACAGCAUAAGUUGGGAACAGUUUACUGACCCUCAUACACCUAUUGUCAAUUACAAUGUCGGUGUCAAAAGAAAGCAUGGUAGCUUUCUGUCGUCAGGUUUAUCUUCAGUCGGUUUGAAACAAAAAUUUCUAGUUCCACAGCUAACCCUUGUCUCCGAAAAAGAAUAUUGCGCUAUUGUCGAAGGGGAAAACGCGGCUGGACUUAAAACUCAAGCUUCUUCAAAUUGUUUGCUCAUUGACCAUGAUCCACCAAGACCAGGGACAGUUAAUGAUGGCAUGACUGAUGACAUUGACUAUCAAUCGGAUGACACAGUAUUUUAUGGAAACUGGAAAGGAUUUGACGACGGUAUUCGGGGUAGUGGAAUCAUCGAAUACAGAUACAUACUAACUGAUCAAAAUGGCGGGAAUAUCACAUCAUGGACUACCACUGGCUUGCAAACAAAUGUUACAAUCCAAGCGAUAAAACUGGCGGAUGGCAAUACUUAUUAUAUAACUGUACGAGCCAUCGAUAGAGUGAGUCAUUACAAAGAUGCAAAAUCCGACGGAGUGUAUAUUGACACAUCUCAUCCCGUUUAUACUGGAAAAAUACACGUUAAAGGGGAAAUGGCCCAAAAGGAUGGAGUGUUGAUUGUAUAUAUUGUAAAUGAAGGCACGUUAUCUGCAUCUUGGCCUCAAUUUGUGGAUACACAUAGUGGUAUGGACAAAUAUCAGUGGAGUAUUUUCGAAAAUGACACACGACCGAGCAAAUGGAAUGAUGUGACAGGAGUAAACCUGGCAACAAAAGCAAUCUUUAGAUCCUUGUCGCUAGCCAAUAACACAGCAUACCGCCUGAUCAUUCGCGGGAUAAACAACGCUGGUCUCCAUGCAGACAUCAUGUCUCCCGUAAUAAUCCCCAUCGCUGGAUCACAUAGUCUCGGAAUGGUCUUCGACGGCCGUGAUCCAUCAGUAGACAUCGAUUAUGUAACAAAUACUUCCGUCCUUCACGCUACAUGGCAAGGUUUUGAAACAGCUGAUGUAAAAGUUAGAGCAUACUUCUUUGCAGUGGGUAGUUGCACGAGAGGUAACUACCAUGUGACUAAUAACCAGUUCAUGCCAGUUAUACCACCAACAGCAACUUCGUUUGGAAUACAUGGUCUGCAUCUCGUGAACGGUCAACGAUACUGUAUAAAGAUCAAAGCUGAAAAUUUAGCCGGAGUUGAAAGUAACGUCGCUUCGUCGGACGGAUUCAUUGUAGACGUCUCCCCCCCUGAUCUAAGAAGUGCAAUGGUAUUGGACGGACUGGAAGAAGAUGAUAUAGAUCACCAAUCAAAAACGAUGGAGCUAUCCGCAACCUGGACUGGAAUUCAAGAUCACGAGUCAGGCAUCCAGCAUUUUGAGGUUGCUGUUAGUCGAAGCAGGACUGACCAGCCAGACAUUACGUCAUUCAUAGAUGUUAACUACAAUAUGUCUUCUACAAUAAGUGGACUUCGUCUUAACAACGAAGUGUAUUACUUCAUAUUGUGUGCGAUUAAUAACGCAGGAUUAAGGUCAUGCUUGGCUUCAGACGGUGUCCUUAUCGACCCGACUCCUCCAACGACAGGCAUCGUACAUGACGGAAUACUCGAACCAGAUAUUCGCUAUCAGUCAUCUAUUAAAGAAAUCAGCGCAAACUGGGAACGAGUUUGGGACUUGGAAAGCAGGAUAGAGAGAUUUGAAUGGGGGAUUAAUGAAGAAGGUAGAGGACUUGUUCAAGAUUUCGUAGACGUUGGCCUUCAGACGCACGUUACAUCCAACAAGGUGCUAAAUCUAAAACACGGUCACAAUUAUACCGUUAUUUUACGCGUUUACAACAGAGCCGGUGCGGUACAAGAAUUAUCUUCCAACGGCGUAAUUAUCGAUACGACACCACCUGUUUCAAGUGAAAUUAAACCAUUGCCAUCUCAUCUGGACUGGCGCUUUGUUGAAGAAACUGAAACCUAUUACUCAUCCACAGCGACGGACAUUUGCGUUACAUGGGAGGAUUUCCAAGAACUGGAAAGCGAAAUGUGGUACUACAAGAUAGCGAUAGGAACGUCAAAAUAUGGCACACAACUUCAAUCAUUGACGAAUAUCGGUUCGGCCACAAAUGCCAAUACCUCUGGAAAUGGGUUGAAUAUUAGGCCAGGGAUUCAUUAUUUUGUCACUGUCGUUGGACGAAAUCGAGCUAAUCUUGUGUCUGGAAACUGUUCAUCGCCAUUCCUAUUUGAUUUCAGCCCUCCAGAAACUGGCAAAAUACAAAUAAAAUCAGACUCAGGACUCGUCAAGAAACAUUACAGUUUAGGCGAAAGUAUUCGCGUCAGUUGGUUGGGAUUCCAAGAUCCGGAAAGCAAAAUAGAAAAAUAUGAGAUCUCGGUAGUACAUAACAGCUCAGCCAUUUUGAAUUACACUCUCAAACCUAGUCAAACUGAAGAGGAAAUAUUCAUUGAUACAAGUCUUCUGUAUCCAGGAAAAUCCUACAACAUAGUCUUGAAAUCAAAGAACUACGCAGGCUUGGAGUCUCUUGUUCUCAGCACGCCGUUCACUAUUGAUAAUACUCCACCAGAUUACACCGGAAAACGUGAUGAACUACCUAAACGCUACUUUCGUUCAAAUACACAUCCUUUUAAAAUUGUUUGGGAAGCCUUUGAAGACUACGAAAGUCCAGUAGAAUACUAUGAAAUUGGCAUCGGUAGACACAAUUCUGGUGACGAUACACUCAAUUUUACCAGCACAGACUUAUGUACACAUUUCAAUGCUGAUGGGUUGUUCUUUAAGGAGAAUCAAGUGUAUUAUGUGACCGUGAAAGCUUUUAACAAAGCUGGUCUUUCAAGUUCGCUUUUGUUAGAAGAAGUUAAUUUUGAUCAAAGUCCGCCAACUGGAGGCAUGGUUAAAGACGGUGUCUCGAAUGAGGACGUGGAUUUCAUGUCGUUGCAAGACACAGUUUCUGCUUCCUUAGAAGAUGUGAAAGAUGUCGAAAGUGGAAUACACGAAAUUGAAUAUUGUGUUGGGAGUACUCCUUUUAACUGCUUCAUAAAACCUUUCACUUCAAUCCUCAAAAAUAACUCUUUCACUUGUAGCGACUGCAAUGUUGAUGCUGGGAUGACAGCUUUCGCCGUGUUUCGUGUAACAAACGGAGUAAAUUUGUCCAAAAUAUUCGUCUCGGACGGUGUUACGGUCGAUUCGACACCCCCUGAAAUACAGCUCGUAUACGAUGGUGAAGAAACAGAAUAUCCUGACGUAGAAAAGUCGUUUAGCAAUUGGAUUCCAACAGUCACAUGGAACGGAGCACGAGAUAUUCAUAGUGGUCUGCGCAAUUGCAAAUGGGCCAUUUUAAAGAAAGAGGGAAACACUACUCUCAGUGUGUAUGUUAGGACUCUUCAUGAAGCUAACAUGACGUAUAACACAAAACACAUUGAAAAGGCCACUGCUCAACUUUCCACAAACUCUUCAUACGUGAACGUAAUCCAGUGCUGGAACAAUGCAGGAUUAUCUAGUCAGCGGUAUUCCAACGGCUGGUCGGUGGUUGAACAAUGGCCUAUUCCGUCAUACGUCAUAGAUGGUACUGGGCCACAUGACAUGGAGUAUGAUAUCAAUAGAGAAACCCUUGGAGCGUCAUGGGGUGCAUUUCAUGCAGAUUCAAAGGAUCCUAUAAUAAAGUAUGAGUGGGCUGUUGGCACGCUAGGGGAAUAUGACAACAUUCUAGAAUUUACAGAUGUAGUGCUUAACACAAAAAUUUCGCAGUCGUUGUCAGAAAGCGAUGUCACAGUAAAGCCUGGUGUUAAGUAUUAUACAACAGUUCGCGGGACCACUUUGAGUGGAUGGAGCAGCAACAAAACUUCAAACGGAUUUAUCAUCGACAUCACUCCCCCAACAGCUGGUUCUGUAAGUCUGACUCAUCGCAUUUUAAACCAAAAGACCAAUGAUGUUGACUAUACAAUAUCGUGGCAGGGUUUUGCUGACUUGGAAUCAGGAAUUCAGAAUUAUGCUUAUUGUCUGGGUUACAUUGAAAACGUUUGCUCGACCUCCGUCUUAAAUGCGGGUUCAGCUUUUCAAGGAACUGUUCAUGGUUUUCUCCCUGAAGAUCUAGAAAAUUCAUUCUUCGGUAUUAUCAUUGUAACAAACAAAGCAGGUCUGAAAACUAUCGCCAGCUCAAGUAAUAUUAGGAUUGACUUCACACCUCCCGUUCCCGGAAAUGUGUUUGAUGGAAUAGAUCAUGAUUUAGACUACAUCAAUUCCAGCGUUGCCUUAGCAACUAGUUGGUCUGCGUUCACAGAGGCUGAAUCUAGCAUUAAGAAAUGUAUCCUAACUGUCAGUGAAGAAUAUCCUAAUAAGAACGAAUCCUUCACGGUAAAAUUGGAAAUGGAGGUUAACGCAAAUGGUUCUGUAGUCCAUCAUUUCCCGAUGAUUUCAGGUCUUCAGUAUGUUUCCCGUAUAACCUGUAAAAAUCAUGACGGAUUUGAAUCGUCAAAACAGUCGAAUGGUGUUACUGUUGACGACACACCUCCCUCGGUGGGGACAAUACUUGAUAAAAACGGCCAAAACUUUUCACAUCAAUAUCAGGCAUCUACAGGUGAGCUUCACGUCCGAUGGACUAAUGGUUAUGAUCUUGAAAGUGGAAUUAUGGAGUAUUUGAUAGCUGUUGGAACUGGGUCAAGCGAGGACAACAUACACGAGUUCUUUUCAGUCGGAUUAGCAAGGGAGAUAAAUGUUAAAAAUCUUACUAUGAACUCUGGUUCAACUUACUACAUAACUUUGCAAGUUGUGAAUAAAGCUGGAAUAAGUUCACGUGUUUCGUCGAAUGGUAUCACAAUUGACAACACACCACCGAAAUUUCAACAAGUAUGUAUGAUACGAAAUAAGAAUAAUUUCCUUGAGAAAUUAUGUGUUUUUGUGUGCAUAUAA